AUGUUGAAAGAACCAGCCUGGUCUUUUCUGGCUCCCGACAGAAAAAUGUUCUUGCAGAGUUUUCCUGACCAAGAUGUACUGGGCCAGGCUUUCGAAGAUGCGCUAGAAGUACUGCAGCAGCACUCUGACAGAGAAAUGCAAUAUUCACCAGGUUAUAAAAAUUGCCUGACUGCGCUCAACCAUCACCACCACCUCCGAGCAAGUCCUAGCUACUCUGCACCACCAUCUACAGAGGACCAAGGGUACACCUGGAGAAAUGUGAUUAACAGUGCAGUAGAUUUUUAUGCGGAUGAGCCUGUCUACCAUACGCUGCAGAAUACUCCAGAAAGCCAAGUGAUGCAUGCUGCUGCUGGCCAGCCAAAAGCAGGGAAAGGUAGAAAAAAACUUCGACUGUUUGAGUACCUCCAUGAGUCUCUGUAUGAUCCAGCUAUGGCAAACUGCAUCCAAUGGGUGGAUAAGCCCAAUGGUGUCUUCCAGUUUGUCUCCAAAAACAAGGAGAAACUUGCAGAGCUGUGGGGAGAAAGAAAGGGAAACCGCAAGAUCAUGACAUAUCAGAAAAUGGCCAGAGCACUGAGGAAUUAUGGAAGAACAGGUGAAAUCAUUAAAAUUCGAAGGAAGCUGACAUACCAGUUCAGUGCUGUUGUUUUACAGAGACUUGCUCCAUCUUAUUUCUUGGGAAAAGAAACAGUUUAUCAUCCGUACAUUCAGUCUAAUCAAGAAUAUCAGUGUGCAGAUGACUGGAUCAGUUACAAUAAUUACAUGUAUAACAAUGGUUAUGCAUUACAGCAUGCUAACAGCUAGACAUAUCUUUCACAUAAACAGGUCUUUGUUAGAUUCCAGCACAGGAACUCUUCUCUGUACAUUAGCUUUUCCUUUAAGAUAUCAUGCAAACAUACGAAGAGGAGGGUUUUGAAAGUGAUAUUGGCCUAGUUUUGAACCUUUUGAAGUUAAUGAUAAAUGGUCAUUGACUAUUGAAGAAAACCGGCAGCUGUAGGCACAUUCUAUUCUCCAUGACAUUAAUCAGAGGAAUUACUUUGGAUUCAAGCUGGUAUAUCCAAGAUCAGG